UGUCCUUCCAGGACUUUUUCCCGCCCUUCGCUGGCCUCCGGAGUAGGGUGGGAGUUCACGCCCCUCUCUCGGGGUACCUGCCCGGGGAAGCGGGGACAAGUAGAUGGCAGAUGUCCUUAAGGUCCUGAAUCUUAAGAGGCAAAGGACAUACUUUGCUGAGAGCUAGGAGGCGGGAGUAAGUUGUUUGUAAGGGGUCAGGGGUGAAAGGUCAUAGGGCUGCGAAGGGGCGGAGCGAGCCAAAGGCAGAUGGCGGCUGCGGUGGUUCAUCAUCUUUGGCGGCUUGAGUGCUGAAGUGGGGACGUGGGUCGGGAGCGUCCGGCGGUGGGCGUAGAGCGGCUGCCACUCCCAACAUGCACAGUCUGGCGACGGCUCCGCCUGUGCCUACUGCACUGGCUCAAGUGGAUAGAGAAAAAAUCUAUCAGUGGAUCAAUGAGCUGUCCAGUCCUGAGACAAGGGAAAAUGCUUUGCUGGAGUUAAGUAAGAAGCGAGAAUCUGUUCCUGACCUUGCACCCAUGCUGUGGCAUUCGUUUGGUACUAUUGCAGCACUUUUACAGGAAAUCGUAAAUAUUUAUCCAUCUAUCAACCCACCCACCUUAACAGCACACCAAUCUAACAGAGUUUGCAAUGCUCUGGCAUUACUGCAAUGUGUGGCAUCACACCCAGAAACCAGGUCAGCAUUUCUUGCAGCACACAUUCCACUUUUUUUGUACCCCUUUUUGCACACUGUCAGCAAAACACGUCCCUUCGAAUAUCUUCGGCUAACCAGUCUUGGAGUUAUUGGGGCUCUGGUGAAAACAGACGAGCAGGAAGUAAUCAAUUUUUUAUUGACAACAGAAAUUAUCCCUUUGUGUUUGCGCAUUAUGGAAUCUGGAAGUGAACUUUCUAAAACAGUUGCCACAUUCAUCCUUCAGAAGAUCCUCUUAGAUGACACCGGUUUAGCUUAUAUAUGUCAGACAUAUGAGCGUUUCUCCCAUGUUGCCAUGAUUUUGGGUAAGAUGGUCCUGCAGUUAUCCAAAGAACCUUCCGCCCGUCUGCUGAAGCAUGUAGUAAGAUGUUACCUUCGACUCUCAGAUAAUCCCAGGGCACGUGAAGCACUGAGGCAGUGCCUCCCUGACCAACUGAAGGACACAACCUUUGCCCAGGUGCUAAAAGAUGACACCACCACGAAACGCUGGCUUGCACAGCUGGUGAAGAACCUGCAAGAAGGCCAGGUCACCGAUCCCCGGGGUAUCCCCCUCCCUCCUCAAUAAUCCUCUCCUAUCCCCUCCCACAACUCCCACACGUUGGGAAGGGAAGGGGAACCUUCGAAGAAAACAGCUCAGGUUUUAUUGCCGACUGGGAAUAGACAGCCUCAAUGCGGAACUGCACUGGAGAAAGAAGGCAAGGUACUCCAGCUGAGGUGUAUGAGCUGCCAUCUCAGGCUGUUUUGAAGACAUGGGCUUCCUCUGCUACUCCCAGGAAAAUGGGUUCCUGAUAGCAGUCGGCCACCACAGCCCCAGGAGAGAGUCAACACCAGCAAAUGCUGUAUUUGCAGCAUGCCCAAGAUCCUUCUCCCCACCUCUACCUAGCCACUGACAGGGAGAGGAGACAAUGGUGAUAGCAGCGGCACUCUAGGCAUGGUGAACGCCUGGGACCAAGCCAUGUGGUGUUUGUGUUUUUUUUCAUUUUGCCUUCCUGGAAGACUCAAGAUGUGUCUCUUCAUUCUCUCUCUCAGUAUUUGUUUACUUUGGUAUCUGUUUGUUUCUUUAAAUCUCAGAGAGAGAGGUGUGUUUAGUGGACACAAGCUGUAAUAUUCAGCAAACUUUGUCAAUUGGCAGUGUUUACAAUCUGUUAGCUGCAUAAGCUCAAUAAAACAUUGGUCUGGGCAUAACACCCCCUCCAGCAGGCCAAUAGCUUCAUGAACUGUUGGGAAGAAAGGGAGGCAGGGGAAAGGGAUAAUGCCAAAGGACAGCAGGAACCCAACCACCUAUUUCCCUUCCCUUUCCCAGUCUUCUACCCUCAGUCUGGAUGCCACCGGGACCUUAACCUCAUUUUUGGCUUCAGCUGCUAACUAUUCCAAAUCUCAUUUCCUCCAAUUAAACUUAAAACAGAUGUCUUAAUUCAUCAGGCUGUCCUGGAAGGUUAUUAUGUUGAGGGAAGCAGUAGUUCUCACCUAUUCAAGUCCUUCAAGAUCUUUCCUGGAAGACUUUUUUAAAGGGAGGUGCCUGGAAUUAAGAUGAUAGGCUACUUGAUCCCAUUCUUUGUUUUAGUGUGAAUUUCUGCAGCUCCAUCUGUCUUUGUGAUUGUACUUGAAGCAGUAUUAGCCAAAUUGAGUUCAUUUUAUUCAGAUUUAAGAUAGAUGGCUGAGUCCACUAUCUCAGUCCAUUCAGUCUUUUCUUUCUUUUUUACACAUUCCCUUUUGAUCUAUGGGAAUUACAGGGUUGCCACUAAAAUUUUUUUCACUGUUCAUAUUGUGUUAGAGCACCCCACUUCCUUCUGUGGAGCUUUAGGUAACUCUACUCACAAUCCAGUGUAAACUGCCUUGCUUUGUCCCAAUCCUUCCUCCUACCAACACCUGCUCGCUCUCUCUCAUCCCCAUCUCCAUUGAAAGAUGGGAUUGUUAAUCCAACUCUAGAGAGAGACCAAGUAUAUUCUGUUCACAUCUCACACAAUUGAAGGUGUCUGAACAAGUUUAGUCCAUAAAGGGCAAGUUCAGAGAAGUCUUUGCAGAGGCAGUUUUGCCAAUACAAGGGCUCUUUCAAGCCGACUUUCACUAAGGGAGCCAGCCUUGUUAGUUGACUUUUGUCUCUUUAGAGCCAAGAAAAUUGUAAUUGACUAGCCUAGAUGUAGGAAGAGUAGGAUAAGCACUUAUUCCCCUGCCUUCCAAACUGAAGAGGAGGACCAAACUAGCUCAAUAAUCUCAAGCCUGAAGAGAAGAGGUCUUGGAGGAACAGAGAAGAAGAAUGGACUGGAUAAACAUCUUGACUCCCUUCAGCCCAUAGUUUGUAUCUGGAGAGUCCAGCUAGGGUAACCCUAAUUUUUGCCAACCAUCUUCCUGCUGAGCCAAAGUGUUCUCAUCCCCCUCCACUGGGAAACAGCUGAGGUUCAGGCCCUUGCUCCCUGAGAAAUUAUUUCUCCAUCUUUCGGUGCAUUGGCUCUAUUACUGUGCCAAUAGUGUCUUAAUUCUUGUUCCAUCUAUUCUCAGCUGUCCUUGGGCCCCAUAUAGGAGUUGCAAGGGGUGGGGGGAUGGAAAUGGGUAUUAUUCCUUGUAGUUAAUCCUGAUGUCGUGUGUAUAAAGAGACCCCUCCCCUCAUUCUGUGUUUUUCAUCCCUUGCAUUUCUUCAACAGGAUUGAAAUAAAACAUGCUCUGUUUUUAUAAAAAUAAUUUUUCCUUUAAA